AUGUCUGACGCUGCACAAAAACCUCUUCCUUUCGGUUUCCAGUUUUUGGCUGGUGCUAUUGCCGGUGUUUCUGAGAUUUUGGUCAUGUAUCCCUUGGAUGUUGUCAAGACCAGAGCUCAAUUAAGUACUGGCGCCAACACUGGCAUCAUCACUACCAUGACCAACAUGAUCAAGCAAGAAGGUGCCGCUUCACUCUAUCGAGGUAUUUUGCCACCCAUCAUGGUAGAGGCACCUAAGCGUGCUACGAAGUUUGCUGCCAAUGAACAAUAUACUGGUCUUUACAAGAAGAUGUUUGGUUUCGAAAAGGUAACUCAAUCGUUGUCCAUCUUGACUGGUGUCAGUGCUGGUAUCACGGAAGCCUUUUUGAUUGUGCCUUUCGAACUGAUCAAGGUCAGAAUGCAAGAUAAGAGAAAUCUUGGUAAAUACAAUGGUACUGCUGAUACUUUCAAGAAGAUCAUUGCUUCAGAAGGAGCUUUGGCUUUAUUCAAUGGUUUGGAAGCUACCAUGUGGCGUCAUGCCGUCUGGAACGGUGCCUACUUUGGUUUGAUCUUCACAGUCAAGGACAACAUGCCCAAAUCCAAGGAUCCUAACCAACAACGUAUCACUAACUUUGCUGCUGGUACUGUUGGUGGUAUUGUCGCCACUGCUUUCAACACACCUUUCGAUGUUGUUAAGACCCGUGUUCAAAGUUAUGAUGGUGUUGGUGUCAAGAAAUAUAAUUGGACUUUGCCUGCAUUGGCUACUGUUGCCAAGGAAGAAGGUAUGGCAUCCUUGUACAGAGGUUUCUUGCCCAAGGUUUUGAGAUUGGGUCCUGGUGGUGGUAUUCUUUUGGUUGUCUUUGAGACAGUUUCAGGAUUCAUUAGAAAGAACAUUUUGAAGGAAGAGUAA